GCACCGCGCAAAAUGUCAAUACUUGUUUUGUUAAGUUUAUUUUGUGAAAUGGAGAUUAAUUUCUUAAUUUAAUAUUUGUGAAUAUAAUUUGUGAGGCCUUAUUUUAUUAUUGUGUUGAGCAAGUAGCUGCUGUGUGAUACAAUUUUAAUGAAUUAUUAAUAAAGGUGAUUAUAUUUUGCUGCAUUGACAAAGAUGCAGCGAAAGCCAGGCUUCCCCGUGGCCAAUUGCAGUAUUAAAAUGCCAGAUGCAAGCACGCCUGAGAUCAGUACUGGUGAGGAGGACUGGGAACCCCCACAGCGACGGCAGCAGCUGAUCAACUUUGGUCACUCCCAGUGGGGCUUCAACAACUGGAGCUGGUCUGUCAGCAAGCAAGAUCUUGAUUUCGUGGAUUGUGUGGGAAACAAGUGUACAGCUGGUGUGGCAGCAUUUGUGUUGGUGACAGUGAAGAGUUUUGACAUACACAGGGAGAAUGUUGGCUAUGCUACUGCACUUGGCCCUAGCAAGGGCUCUGCUAUACAUAGAGCUAGAAAGUGUGCAGUUACAAAUGCAUUGCGAGAAACCCUGUUGAGUUUUGGCGGGAGUGUAGCCACAGAGCUGACGGAGCUCCUCGAAACAAACAAAGUGGAAGCCGCUCCGCCACCCCCGGAGCCGGUCAAAGAGAACAACCAGAAUGUAGCCAACAAGCAGGAGCCCAAAAACAGCCCCCUCAAUAAAAAUAUACGAAAGGACUCUUCGGAUAGCAGUGCCUCAUUGAACCGACCCGUCGUCCCUCCGGCAAUCAAGAAUGCAGUGCUGACUCCCGCGCCGCCUGUCGCCAAGGCGCACCCCAUGCCCGCCAACCUGCCGCCCGCCGCUAAUGUGCCUCGAGCGCCGCGACCCCCCGCCCCGCACCCACCGCCGCAGCAUGCGCAGCACCCGCAGCACCCGCAGCACCCGCAACACCCGCAGCACGCACACAUGCGCCCAAACUCCAACGUAAGUUUCGUCCUGCCCGUGAUGAGUGGUGUCGUGCCCCCCCUCUACCCGCCGCCGCGUCUGGCGCCCCCCCACGUCGGUCCGCCUCAUAUAUUCCCCAACGCGUACUACGAGUACUCGGCCGGCCCGUGGCACUUUACCUACGAGAGCUUCGACCGACAUCACAGCAAUGUCAACUUGAAUUUCAACAUACCCCCAAAAAACCUCGUGGUCAAUUCCCGGUCCGGUUCAGAAUGUAAGAACGCAUGUGUGCGGCCGGCCGGGCUGGAGGGCGAGCCGGUGCAGUACGGCCCUCCGCAGAGCCAGGGCUGCUGGAUAAAGCCCACCAUCUUCUAUGAUGGCUUCUGGACGGAGCAGAAAGUGAAAAAAUGGGUGGCCGAGCAGGUCGAGAAGCAGUUCCCUGACGAAAGUUUCCACAAGGCGCACUCCCCCAGCGCCGGGCAGGACGCUACGCCGCCUAAAUCUUAAUUAUGUUAAGCGUCUCAUUCCUUACAUGAUGUAUUCAGUAGUUUGAUGUGUAAAAUAUCUCUUGAAUGUGGUGUUAGAUGAAAGUAAGCGACAUAGAUUUCAAUUAUCUAAGGAUUACAACAUUUAACUUCGUAUUGACUGCAUUUUCUAUCACUUCACUUAGUGAGGGGACUGAAUGACAGACA